AUGGCCUCCGCUUUUCCCGAUCAAAACCUCCAAAUCCAAAUUCAAGAUGACUUGAAGUAUGAUAUCCGUAUCGAAAACGCGGACAUUCACAGUGGCGAAUUUUACAAUGAGGAUGACCGAAGUGAUAUCUUGACUGCUGAGGAUGUUGACGACAUGGUGAUUCGCCAUAACGGUGGUAUGCGGACUAUCUGCUCUACAAACGGGUCCGAAGGAAGCGUUGAUCUUGUGGACGACGUAAAGGAUACGAGGAUUUGCAGUCUAGCCUGGGGAGCCUCUACGCAGCCCGGAGAACGGUUCAGAAAGCUCAACCACAAUGAAAGGUACAUGGUUGAAAUAGGCGACUGGAAUGAGUCUGGGACUAUUCCUGUUACUAUUAAGGAACAAUCGUGA